UAUCUAUAUAUACUGGAGUAAUAUAACCGGAUAACACCACCUCGUGCUAGCCUAUAUCGAUCAUUAAUUCCCUCAAACCUCACUAGCUAACUUAGCUGGAACUAUAGAUGGAAGAGAGAAACACUGCUAGCCAUGGUGGUAUGAGUUCUAGCUAUAGAGGGGUACGAAAGAGGAAAUGGGGCAAAUGGGUGUCAGAGAUACGUGAGCCAGGGAAAAAAAGUAGGAUUUGGUUAGGGAGUUUUGAGACACCAGAAAUGGCAGCAACAGCUUAUGAUGUUGCUGCUUUGCAUUUUAGGGGAUAUGAUGCAAAACUUAAUUUCCCUGACUUGGUUCAUAGCCUACCAAAGCCAGCAAGCUCUGAUGCUGAAGAUAUUCGCAUAGCAGCCCAUGAGGCAGCUAUGAGCCUUAGGCCCUCUACAGUUGAGUCCUCCCAAGGUGGCAGCUCUAGCUCAAACGUUGGUCCCAUCACGGUUAGGCUCUCACCUAGCCAAAUCCAAGCCAUUAACGAGUCACCCUUGGAUUCACCAAAGAUGUGGAUGCAAAUGUCAGGGAUAGCAUUGCCAGAAGAGUCCAUGAUUUACUCCUCCAUUGACGUUGGGGAGGAGGAGGAGUGGGACAACAAGCAAACAGAUUCUCUUUGGGAUCCUUAGGUAACGUGUGCUGAUCAUGAAUAUACAUACUACUUUGAAUAUUGGACGUUGCACUAAUAUAAUUAUAUACGUAAUUGCUUUUGACGUAUACUCGGCUUUAUAUAUCUAGACUUUGACCUGUAUAUUUCAUGUAUUUGUGAUUUUAACUAAGGAAUUAUUCUAGUAAAAGAAGGUAUAAGUUUUCUGCCUGGUCGCUGGAUAACUGUGAAGAAUUGAUAAAUUAAUUAGCAAACGGGGGAAUAAUUAGUGUUUGAAGGAGAAUAAUUUAUCCGCAGAAAGGGUCAGUGCUGGAAGGACGUUUUUAUAGUUUAUUCAGAUGGGCGGUUUUGGAGGGUCCCACUUGAGGGGAUUAAAGUGUUUCUGAACUUGGCUUUUGUCAGCUUGUAGAAGACUUCCCCUUUCUCCUUAGUGGAUGACGUGGCGAGAGGGUCUAAAGUAUCUCCCACGUUGACU